CUCCAGACCACGGUUGGCGAUGCGCGUUGAAGUAGUUGCGUGAGAUUGCUUCCACGUUUCUUUUCACACUUCUAGAUCCUGUAAACCUUCUCUACCAUCUCCAGCCUUUUUGUGUUUCGUGGGAAAGCUCCUUGCAUAGUCCCCAGCAACCGCCUUCAACCACACAACAUGGCACAAGUGCUGCGAGGCGGGGAUGGCAUGAUGGGUGGUUUUCCAUUGGAGCAAUGGUUCUACGAGAUGCCGGUCUGCACACGGUGGUGGAUGACAGCAGCCCUGAGUGCAUCUGUUCUGGUGCAAUGUCACAUCAUUUCGCCGUUCCAGCUAUUCUACAGCGUGAGAGCUGUGUUCUUCAGGAGCCAGUACUGGCGCCUCAUAACAACCUUCUUCUACUUCGGUCCGCUCUCACUCGACCUCCUCUACCACAUCUUCUUCCUCCAACGAUAUUCGCGCCUCCUCGAAGAGAGCUCUGGACGCUCGCCGGCGCACUUCUCAUGGCUCCUUACCUUUGCGUCGACACUGCUGCUAUGUAUAGCGCCUAUGUUCAGUAUGGCCUUCCUGGGUUCUGCGCUCAGUAGCACCCUCAUCUACAUCUGGAGCCGAAAGAACCCAGAUACCAUGCUCAGCUUCCUGGGGCUGCUAGUCUUCAAGGCGCCGUACCUGCCUUGGGUAUUAUUAGGGUUCAGUGUCGUUAUGCACGGCACUGUGCCCAAGGACGAGAUGUGUGGUAUUGUCGUUGGCCACAUCUGGUAUUACUUCAACGACAUUUUCCCUCCCCUUCACAACGGCCACAGCCCCCUCGACCCUCCAGCGUGGUGGAUCCGCCUGUUUGAUGGUGCCCCAGCACCUACAGAGGAGACGCACGAGGAUGAUGCCAUGGCGGACCAUGAGCGAAACCCUAACGAGGCUAUCCCAGAUGCUGCCCCGGCACAGUAAACACCUACAUACAUACACGCGUGCAUUUGGAGUUUGGCGACUACUUACGGUCUGAAGAUACCCUAUUUCCCGCGAAUGAAAGAUUUCACCUUUAGCACGUCUUUUAGUCUGAACCACCCGACCACUUAACAUGUUCACCAACAGACAGUCAACAACCCGUGCACUAUCACCAUAUUUCCACUCCGAUCAGUCUGCUUGGCACAUCCAAUCACUGCACACACGUUCCUGCCACAGAUUGGCCAGAUCCGUCAUAUGCGCCAAGCUCCUGCCUAAUGUGGCUAGCAUCCCCGCGGACCUGCAUAUCAUCGCUCAUUUCAUGUCCGUGAUACCCCAGAUCUUGGAAGAAAGCGAGUGGCAAUGGACG